GUAUACAUAUCCUUGAAACGAAAGAAUAGGUUAGAAUUAAAUGAAUUGUGUAUUGCAUUUUGGAAUCUGUUUGUAUUAAUAUCUUGUUAUUUCGAAUAUAAUUUAUUGUGCUUAUCGUGUAUCCACAAAACAUUACCAACUAUGCUUCGAGUCGGCAUUAGAUCCGUUCGUAGCGCUCUAGGAAGCAGGACUUUUGCAAAUGCACCGGCCCAGGAGCAAGCAGUUUCGGUCGCCUUCAAGGUUCAGGAUUUAAAAGAUUUCGAUGACCGUGUUAAAAAGUCGAAGGUGCCCGUGAUUGUUGACUUCUUUGCAACAUGGUGCAACCCUUGCCGUAUGCUCACUCCUCGUAUAGAAUCAAUAAUUGCAGAGAAGCAGGGGAAGAUUUUAUUGGCAAAGGUUGAUAUAGAUGAAAAUAGCGAUCUUGCAUUGGAUUAUGAGGUUGGAUCUAUUCCAGUACUAAUCGCAAUGAAAGAUGGAAAAGUUUUAGACAGAAUCGUUGGUCUCCACGAUAUAGACGAACUUAAACAAUUUGUAGAUAAGUAUACAGAGUAAUGUAACUUAUUUCGAAUACGAUUUGCCAUCGAACAACCCUGUAGUUAUCGGGGUACUUUGUAUAAUAUUCUCUACAAGGAUGCUACCUCGAGUAAUAAGUAUAAAGUACAAUUUUUUAAUAAUGUAUAGUUGCAACUUUGUAAAGUAUUAACUUAUAGAGAAUUGUUAAAUUGUUAAAUAAAUUUUUUUCGUGUAAUAAACAGAUAAA